AUGGCGAGGUCUAGGCCGCCCUCAUGGAGGGAUUCGAGCAGGGGCUCUGCAGCAUCAUCGGUGCCUUCGAGCAACCAGCACUUUGGAUCUCAGCAUGUUGGCCAGGCUGAUCCCGCGUUGACACUGGAUCGAGUCAUUGGGCAGACAUGCUUGCACAACAGCGCUCUUGCCGUCAACCCCAUCACGGGAGAUGUGGCGUAUCCGGCCGGCUGCGUCGUGGUCAUCUACCAACCCAGGAGAAAUCGGCAGUUCAGGUACUUUCGUGCCAGCAAAACGGUAAGCUGCCUGGCUUUCUCGAGAGAUGGAGGCAUGCUGGUCGUGGGGGAGAGGGGACAUCAGCCGUCGGCCACAGUGUGGAACCUCGCCACGGGUGCGGUUAUCCGGGAGCUGGCGGGCGGGCACCGGUUUGGGAUUGGCUGCAUAUCGUUCACGCCUAGCGGGGGCGGGGUCGUUACGAUGGGUUUCAAGCACGACCGGAUGCUGAGGGUCGCCAGCGUUCGCGUGCCGCAGCGGGUCCGUGCGAUGUCCUUCACCUCUGAUGGGGAGUGCCUGGUCACAUGCGGCGACAGCCACGUCAAGUUUUGGAAGAUGCCCGAGAACGAAGGUACAUCGGGAGCAGCAAACGGGGGGGGGUUCAUUGGGAUCGGCGCAGAUGCUUCUCUUUCUGGCGCAGUCCCGACUCCCAAAGGUGGAGUAUCGUCCCGCGGUGACAGCGGCGGUUUGGGAGUGGCCGGGGGUGGGGAGGUUUCGCCGGUUGUUGGCGUUCUUGAGGGAUGGGCCGCCACCAUUGGGGAAGAGCUUAAGAGAGCGACGUUCGUGGACGUCUGCUCAUCGGGUAAGCGCAGCGGUGGCGGCGGCGGCGGCGGCCACGGAGGGGCGGGGGCGGCGGCUCUGGACAGCGUGUUUUGCGUCACCGCGGAAGGCGUGCUGUGCGCGUUUACUCGGGGUGGUGUGAUGGAGCAUUGGGUCUCCUUGGAGGCGCCUGCUGCCUACGGCCUGUCUGUACACGAGGACGGCACGCUGGCUGUGGCCUGCGCCGACGGGGUUGUCAGACUGUUCAAGGCCGACAGCCUCGGCUACGUCGCCACCCUGCCGCGCCCGCCUCCGCUGGGCCACGCCAACAUAGCCUCCGUGAGGGAGCUCCAAGAGAUCGCCGACUUGUCGGCUGCGGCGGCGAAGGCUGGCGCUGCCAGUGGCAACGGCGCUGCCGGCGACGACGGUGUUGGCGCGAGCCCUCGCGCCGUGGCCGAAACGUCCUUCGCUAGUGGGUUUUGUGGCACAGGGGAUGCUGCGCCCGAGGAAAAUGACAGUGUCAACGUCGGAACCAUCGACAAAGAUGCGUUCGGCAAGGUGAAGAGUGGCAACGGCGACGCCAGCAGUGGACACAGGUCGGUGGUUCGGUAUCCCGCGGCGCUGGGGUGCCGGCUUACCCCCUCCGGAACGAAGGUGGUGUGCAUCUACGCUGACAGGGGGCUGUUUAUCUGGGACGUAACGGACCCGCUGUGCGUCGGCAAGUACCGGUCGUUCCUCGCACACGGCGGCUGUAUCUGGGACGUCCAGCGAAUGCCCGCGAAAAUCCCCACGCUUCCGGGGGCUGGGAGUCAAUCGCCCCCUGUCCCAGACAUCCCUGCCGGGGCGAUGGUGACUUGCUCGGCGGACAACACGGUUCGAGUGUGGGAUCUCGGGGCUCUCGAUGGGAAGGGCACUGGUGAUAACGAGAAUCGUCACUCCGGCAGGUGGUCCAACAUCUACAGCAAGCACCUCCUGCGUGUGCUGUACGCCAGUGGGGAGAACACUCGUGAUUCCAAUGGAAACGCCAACCCUGGCAAGAACGAGGGACAAGGAAAGCGGGCGCCGAAUGAAAGCUUCGGGAAGAAAGCUGGCAGGAUUUUCAACUACUUCGGGGACGACGCGGCGGCGAAGGAGGUGGCUCUGUCGGAGGGGGCUUUUGAUCCAGAGAUUCCACACAAGCCGGAGUGGUCUUGCUCUCCCAGGAGUCUGGCGGUGCACCCUGAUGGCUCCCAGGUGGCUUGCGGAGACAAAGGAGGCCGCAUCUGUGUCUACGACCUGGAAGAAAUGGAGCUGGCUCACAUACAGGUGGGCCAACAUAGCUUUGCGGUGGAUUCGUUUACCCCUUUUCUUCUGCUCGUCUGUGGUGGGGGCAAUGAUGGCAACUGGGGCGGAAUAGAGACGGGCUUGGUACUUUUCAGGGCGAACCCAUAUUGCCACGCGGCAGCCGUGCCGUCGGAGAUGGGCCGAAACGCCGGUGGUCGUGAAGGGGAUGCCGGCAUAUCGCAUGAUGACGUCAUCGACCGUGAGAGAGACGAACGGUACCCCGAGAGAAAGGAGUGUCGCCGGAACGAAGGCGGAGAAGGAGAAGAUGCCCCAUCCAACGACGCUUGUGCUCCGCGGCAGCAGAGUCAGACUGACGACUCAAUCCGCCGCAGCCCGCUCGUGCUGCUGGCUUCGGCGAGCCGCGAUCGUCUCGUGCGCGUGUUCGACGCGUCACGGUCACCUUUCGUUUACAGUGCUGGGGCUGGUGUUGGUGGUAGGGGGGCGGGCGGCGGCAGCGGUGCCUCCGAGGCGGCGACAACGGCGGCACGAGGGUCCGCUGCUGCGUGUGCGGAGAACGUUGUGGCCCACAGGAGCUCAAGAGGGAAGGAAGCCGGGCAACCAGGAGCGAGAGAGAACGCGGCGAACACGGAUGCAACGGCCGCUCCAGGCGGUGCAGCUGAGACGGGGGUAGGGGCGGCGAGUGAGGCGGCCGGACUUCCGCUAUUGACGACUCUCGACAGCCACACGGGCUCCGUUAGUGCCGUCAAAUUCUCGAAGGACGGAAAGAGGCUCAUUACGGCGGGAGGCGAUAAGACGUUAGUCCUGAACAGCGUCAGGGGACCGCACGUUCACAGGCUGAGAGCGGUGAAAGUCCCGCAGGGCACAAUCUACGGCCUCGACGUCGACCCCACCAACAAGUACAUCAUCACCGCCGGCCAGGACAAACGCCUCAAUAUCUGGAGCACCAUUUCCGGAAAACACGUCAGGGCGUACCAGGUGGAACCGUUAACGAAGACGCCAAACCCAUCGCCGUCAGCCGAAUCGACAGCGGGAGGACAAGGCGGUGCCAGCGUGGGGGAAGGCCCACGAGAUAAGGGAGACACAGGGGGGGAGCUUUUCAAGGUCGACUUGGAUCCCACGGGGAUGUACGCGGCGGCGUGCAGCUUCGAUAAGUGGAUCCGACUCUUCGAUUUCUACUCUGGGGAGUGUUUGGCGAAGGUGGCGGGCCACAGCGAGCUGGCGACGGGCGUGAGGUUCACCCCUGAUGGGCGACGCCUCGUUACCACGGGAGGCGACGGGGUAAUGUUCGUGUGGCGACUUUCCUCGGAGCUGCACGAGUCCAUGCGAGAUAGAAUGUGCGAGCUGAGGCCAGGGGGAGAGACGGCAGGUGGUGGCAGCAUUCGCGGGACUCGUGACGGUGGCCGUGGCGGCAGUACGUUGUCGUCGGAUACACCAACGCCGACAUCGGCAGCAGCAACAGCCGCGGCAGCAGCAAUACCACCGCCAACACCGCCAAUACCGCCACCAUCGGAGAACCCGGCUGCACGAGAUACCGCCGAGACUGGUGUUCCAACGACCGUAACAUCGGGAGAUCUGGGGCUCUCCGCGGCAGAUGGUGCCGACCACAACGGGGGUGACAGCGGCGACGGGGCACGGGACUCUGGGCUGCAAGCGGGGCCGGCAAAGGGCGGCAUGGACGCUAGCGCGAAAACCAAGUCCGUGACAGACAGUGCCACCGACAACGGGGGUAGCAGCGGCGAUGGAGCACGGGGGCCUGGGUCGCAAGUGACGCCCGCGAAGAGCGGCGUAGAGGCUCGCGCGAAAGCCAAAGCUGAUGCAAAGGCCCGCCUUAGGUUUCAGAGGUACCAACUCCCGGCCUGGGCGCACACUCAGCAAGGGUUAGCGCCUACAGCCACCCCGGCAGCGGCAAACACCCCGCCCUCGUCAUCAAUGCCGGCGAAGGAUUCCCUUGGCGCGGAAAAAUCCGCUUCAGAGGGUGCAGAAACAACACCUGUAACUGGAUGCAGCGGUGGGAGUGACGGUGGCCGCGGCGGUGCUGGACUUGGUAGUGUUGGUGGUGAUGGCUCUGGUGAUGCUGCGGCGAAGGUUGAUGGAGAUAUUGUAGAGGCGGAAGUAGGUGAUGUGGUCGAUCUUGGCCGGGAUUCUCCUCCGCCGAUGUUAGCGGCUUUGGUGCCCACUGUCCCGGUUGGGGGCGGAUCGUUUUCGCGAGAUCGUCGGGGCAGCAAAGAGAGCAGCAGAUCCAUCAACGACGGCCAAGACGACGGAGAGUAUGGCAGUAGUAGCGGCGCCAUCAUUGAGACCAGAACCGCGAGCAAGACCGCCGAGACGAAAAGUGAAAGCACCAACAACACUGAGGCCGAAGCCAGUUCGCCCGAUAGCAGUUCGGGCGUCACAUACGGUGGAUCCUCGUCACCAUCCCUCUACCUGAUCCCACCAACGUCCGCUCAGCAGAAAGGAGCCGCAACAGUAAAAGGUAAACAGAAACUGCAGAAAGCGACAAGCCCGGAGCCGGAAGCAAUGGCGGCGAUCCCCGCUGACGAUAUUCGUGUAGUCAUGCCCACGACAGCUGCAACGACGACGUCACCUUUGAGAGAAGGCAGAGAUGCUGCUGCCAAGGGUAGUGGAGGCGGUCGUGCCCCGGUGAUAUCUCGCGCAAGAUGGGGGAUUCGUCGAGAAGGGGUGGCAGCAGCGGCGGGGUCGGCGAAAACCGCGACUCCAUCAGCACGAGGGAGCAAGGGCGACGUGUUGGCUGCGGCUCGCGGUCGGUGGGAGAGGCGCGGCGUUCAGGAAGAGCCAAGCGUUUGGGUGCAGGGAUCACUUGAGAUUGUUGGACAUCGAGCGGGAACGAAGAACAAUUUCCAGAAAUUUUCCAACCAGACGUCGGCGUCGGCGGAACGGGCGGAGGAAACCCAACAGGCGUCGGUGGCCAAACCUGAUGGAGGCACAAGUGUGGGCAAGGCGCCGGCGAGUCUGGCAGAGUUUCGAGAAGACGAAGACGGAGUAAUAAUGGGCGACCCAGACGACCAUGAAAUGGAUGAGCACGAGUACUCGAUGGACGACGACUUCGAGGAGGCCGGCCUGGGUCGAGCGGGGGCAAAUGAAACGCCAAAGAUAGACGAACCUGGGCCACCACCUUUCGUCGCCGGAGGCCGGGGUGGCGACCUUCGGCGCUCCGAGGACAAUCGCGAGCACGAUACGCCCUCCCCUUCUGAUCGGAAAGGACGGGCGUUGUUACCGUCUGACCCCACCCCCGUUGCCGUUUCCGGCGGACGUGACAAUUCUUCUCCGUGGCACGACGCUGGAAACGGUCAAGCAAUGUUCGUUCCGGAGGCCCGGGAGGCGGCGAAGAUGCUUCUCGACGAUGUCGAGCGAGAUGGUUUGAAGGAAACCGGCGACCGCAGACACGACGGGAGCGGCGCUUGUGUGGAUGGUGACGACGCAACAGCGGGGGUCAAACAUGGAGGAAAUUCUUGCAAUGACGACAGCAAUCCGGGUAGUAAGGAAGGUAGCAGCAGCCUUCGGAGAGGAAACAGCUUCCGGUCAAGAGCAAGCGGCGAAGGUAGUGCCGUCGCCGCGUCUUUGGAGGGAGGAGGCCGACCGGGGCCCACCACCUCGACCGCUAGCAGUGAGUCCUCGGAGAGAACUGCUGCGGACCAGAGGGAAGAGGGUGCGUCGUCCAAGAGGGGCCGUCGAAUAAGCGAGACGGAAGGAGCGGUGGAGACCAUGAGGAGAAAACUAUCCGCGAUGGGGUUCCUGGAGGCCGGUGGUGACAAUCCCAGCUGUGAAGACGAAGGGGCUGCCGCCGCAAAACAUGUCGAGUGCCGCCCAGCUGGACCCGAUGCGGACGGAUUUCGGACCGAUGAAGUUCCGGUCGCCACACCAAUCGACUCCCUUACGGUGGACGUGCAAGGUGCCGAUGACGACGGUGUGGAAGCUAGUUCGAGCGGCUUAGGCGACACACCUUCUUCCAAUCGAGGGACGAAUGCGGGCCACGAACACCCGCUGGAGAGUGGAAGUUCAUCGAUCCUCUCGUCCGGUCGUCGCCGGCGCCGCCGGUAUCACCACAGCCGCCCAGAAGAAAAGAACGUGGACCGAGGAAGCGUUUCCCCCUUCACCGCCAGCAACGGGGUCGCGGUCGCUCUCCCGCGGCCGGACAAGGAGUACGAGGAGGCCCUCCUGCGUCUCACCGAAGCGGCUUCGCACGCCGCAGAGCUGUACCGGGAGCUCACGGAGGCGUCUUCCGCCUCUCUCGUGUCGCAGGAAACGGAGACGGGGACAAGGGCGGGCACCGAGGACGAGGGAUCAGGUGGCGAGCACGAAGAAAGAAAACAAGGCAACGGCGGCAGCGGCAGUGGCCGUGUAGCAGCGUUAACAUCAUCGCCAUCCAUGGCACCAUCGACUUCAAUGAGCCAUCCAGGAGAGUCAGACGGGGAUGACGAAUCUUAUGACGAUGACGACGAAUGGGAAGAUGAAGAGGAAGUACUCGAUGAAGAAGACCCCCAUGCCACAGCAGAAAACAGAACAGGCCAAGGACAGGGAGGGGUUCGAGAUGGGCUGGGACAACUCGCUCUCGAAAGAUCGUUUAGGGAGAGCUUCGCCUGCGUAAACGGCAUCUUGUCAGUUAUGGCGGGCAAGGGGAUCCCCGCCGCGUCUCCAGCUUCGCCCUCGCCAGCAAGUAUUGGCGGGAGCUGUGCCAACAGCAGCAGCGGUAGCGGCUCUGUACCGGGUGCUGCCAGCAACACCGGCAGCACCACCGGCGGCAGGCUUGCAGCUAUGAGCAAACACAAGAUUGGCACGGAAUCAUCGUCGUCGCACCAGUCAGCCGAAAGAGAUAGGGGCGGACUAGCCUCACCGCCGGGCCUAUCCUUAUCGUUCCUCCCUCCACCACCCAGACGAGCACAGGCGAGAGAGAUGGCGAGCCCUGGCGGAUCGGAGACGAUAGUUGGGGGGUUAAGGGCGGUGAUUCCUGGCACAACGGCGGAGAAGGUUGAGGCUCUACCGGUCGCCGAGGCUGGCGAUAAAGGGGCAGGUUCGGUUGAGUCGAGAAGCAGGCGGGCUCUUGGUGGCGCAGAAGAACAGCUGCCAGCAGAGAUGACGGGCAUGCUUCACCGAUACUCGGAGAUGAUGCUCAAGGUGGUGCAGGAAAAAAUGGAGGCGAGGAUGAACGACGGCACGCUACACCCCAGCACCUGA